GCUAAAAAACAUUAGGUUACUUCCCCUCCCAAAUCGCUCUCAGCCUCGCUCUCUCAGUCUCACUCACCAUUGCUCUCACCCUCAUCAAGCCUCUCAGCCUCGCACUCACACUCAGUCGAUAUACUGUCAGCGACCGCGUCUCUCUCUAUCACCCGUGCCAUCAGUCUCUCCACCACGAGUACUCUCUCCUUCAGUCUCCCUGGGUCGCGACUCCCCCUCUCGUUCUUUCUCUCUUCCCUUAUCUGGGCAUGGUGAGAUGUGCUUUUUAGAAUUAAAAGGAUUUGGAAGAAGUACCCAUGGCUGAUGCUUGACCUCAGAGCUGAUGCAAUGAAAGGAUUUUUUGGGGAACCCUUUCUGCGAAAAAAUUCUGAACCAUUCAUGAGUUCUUUUACAAGGACCUUAUCAUGGAGUGAAAGGUCGCAAGAUAGUUUCUCCAGUGAAGAUCCCAAUGAAGCAGUUAAAUUCUUCUCAUUCCUUACACAUGCUAGUACGUGAAGUUCUUUUGGACAAAAAACAGGAAGAAAUUCCAUUUAUUGUGGAAUCUAUGCUGAGUAAAGUAAUGGAGGAGUUUCAGCAUCGGCUAGCAAGCCAAACUGAACUGGUAAAAGCACCUUCCAAAGAUAGCCCUGGCCCUGACUCUGAGUCUCCAUCUCUUUCUGAACAUGGUUCUGAUGAUAUCAAGAAUGAAGAGAAAGCUGCGACUCAAAUAAAGAAGGAUGAUUGUUGCAAUAAAACAUAUGACCAUCAAGAGGGAUCAAAAGGCCAGUUUGUGAGACAUAAAAUGUUGGUUGAACAACAAAAGAAAAAUAUUCAGGAAUUGAAACAUAAUCUAUAUGAUACAAAAGCAGGAAUGAAGUUUCUACAAAUGAAGUACCAGGAGGAUUUCAACAGACUAGGUAUGCACCUGCAUGGUUUGGCUCAUGCAGCAUCAGGAUACCAGAAAGUUCUUGAAGAAAAUCGCAAGUUAUACAAUCUGGUGCAGGAUCUGAAAGUGUCUUGUGCAGAAACCAUGUGUAAAGAAAUUUGGCAGAUUUUGGAGUCGUGUUUGAAAGAGUACGGCAUUUCAUGCACACUGAUGCAGGUCAUUGAGGAUGAUAAGCGUUUUCACAUACAGGUCUACCUCGACUUUGGCUUGGCUAUACCCAAGCUCAGUGUCCAAGGGAUGGUAUCUUCACUAAAAGAACUUUUGGAGCUUGCUCCAAUUAAGAAGGAAACAGUACAGAGAGUUAGAGAAUUAGUUCAGUUUAGGGAUUUCAGCUUCUUCAAAGUUUGUGGUUACGUUUUGGUUGGACAUGAAUAGCUAGUACUUUGAAUUGAUAUGUAAGAAAUAGCUAGUACUUUGAAUUGAUAUGUAAGAAAUACUUCAUACAAUUGGGUACCCUAUUUGUAGUUUCGGUGUGUUUUGGCAAUGUAUGACAAUGAUGUGCUAGUAAAUGACAUUUGAACUAAUUUGUAUUUCAUA